GGAAGCAAUGGCAAGAAGGAGGUGCUGCGCGGUUUCCAUGUGGUGCUGGAAGACACGUUGCUUUUCCCGGAGGGCGGCGGACAGCCUGAUGACCGUGGUACAAUCAAUGAUAUCUCUGUCCUGAGAGUGACCCGGCGGGGGGCCCAGGCAGACCAUUUCACACAGACACCCCUGAACCCUGGGAUCGAGGUCCAGGUCCGGGUGGACUGGGAGCGGAGAUUUGAUCACAUGCAGCAGCACUCCGGGCAGCAUCUCAUCACAGCCAUUGCAGACAACCUGUUCGGGCUGAAGACAACAUCGUGGGAGUUAGGGCGACUCCGUUGUGUGAUUGAGCUUGACAGCCCCUCUGUGACAGCAGAGCAAGUAGCUGCCAUUGAGCAGAGUGUCAACGAAAGGAUCCGAGAUCGACUGCCUGUGAACGUGCGAGAGCUGAGCCUGGAUGACCCUGAGGUGGACCAGGUCAGGGGCCGGGGUCUGCCCGAUGAUCAUGCUGGGCCCAUUCGGGUUGUCACCAUCAAGAGCAUUGACUCCAACAUGUGUUGUGGGACCCAUGUGAGCAACCUCAGUGACCUGCAGGUCAUUAAAAUCCUGGGCACUGAGAAGGGGAAAAAGAACAAAACCAACUUGAUAUUUCUGGCUGGGAACCGGGUGCUGAGGUGGAUGGAGAAAAGUCAUGGAACUGAAAAAGCUUUGACUGGUCUGCUUAAGUGUGGAGCAGAUGAUCAUGUGGAAGCGGUGAAAAAGCUACAGAACUCCGCCAAGCUCCUGCAGAAGAACAACCUGACUCUUCUCCGGGACCUGGCUGUACACGUUGCCCACAGCCUGAGAAACAGCCCUGACUGGGGAGGUGUGGUCACCUUGCACAGGAAGGAGGGUGAUUCUGAGUUCAUGAAUAUCAUCGCCAAUGAGAUCGGAUCAGAGGAGACCCUCCUUUUCUUAACUGUGGGCGAUGAGAAAGGGGCUGGGCUCUUCUUACUGGCGGGGCCAGCGGAGGCUGUGGAGACCCUGGGACCCAGGGUGGCCGAGGUCCUGGAAGGCAAAGGAGCAGGGAAGAAAGGCCGAUUCCAGGGCAAGGCCACCAAGAUGAGCCGGCGGGCAGAGGUACAGGUGCUGCUCCAGGACUAUGUCAGCACGCAGAGUGCCGAGGAGUGAGGGCCUGGGUUCCCCCCUGGUGCUCUGCCGUUGGGAACGGGCCUCCGAGGCCCACAAAAGAGUCCCUCGCACAAUAAAAUAGUUUGACUUUG